AUGUCUGAGGAGCUGACCUCGCCCCAAGUUGUAGACGAUCUGGUAGACAGCCAUGAUGUUAACCAAGCAUUUAAAGAUAUAUUCUGUGGCACCGUGGGCGGUUUUGCGCAGGUUUUAGUGGGACAACCAUUUGAUAUCACGAAAGUUCGCCUGCAAACGUCUCCUGUCCCGUCAACGGCGGUGGAAGUUAUCAAAAACCUUGUUAAGAACGAAGGGAUCUUGGCAUUUUAUAAAGGUACGCUCGUUCCGCUAGUUGGCGUAGGGGCAUGCGUGUCUUGCCAAUUUGGGAUUAACGAAGCAAUGAAACGACACUUUCGGCGCGAUCAUACGGAGAGCGAUCAGACUCUAACUCUGAGCCAAUAUUAUACUUGCGGUUUUGUAAGCGGUUUCGCAAACGCAUUUCUGGCUUCUCCUAUUGAGCACGUACGCAUAAGGCUUCAACUUCAAACAAAAUCUUUGGACAAAGCGGAGUAUCGUGGCUGCAUUGACUGUACAAAAAAGCUUCUUCAAGGAGGAGCUCUCAUGAGAGGUUUGUCGGCUACUAUGCUCAGAACGUCGCACGGUUUCGGUGUCUAUUUUGCAACUUAUGAAGCUCUCAUAGCAAACCAGGCUCACCACGGUGUACUUCGUCAGGAAAUACCUGCAUGGAAGGUUUGUUUGUAUGGUGCAUUCUCAGGGGCAUUUUUCUGGGCGAUGACAUAUCCGUUUGAUGUCAUAAAAUCGGUAAUGCAGGCCGAUAGCCUAAAAAGUCCGAAAUACGGGCGUACCGUUUUUUCUGUGGCUAGGUCAAUAAGACGCGAAAGAGGAAUCGGUGCCUUUUUGAAAGGCUUUUGGCCCACCAUGCUUCGAUCCUUACCAGUAAAUGGUGCAACAUUCGCUGCGUUCGAAACUGCUAUGCGCCUAAUUAACUAA